AUGUCAAAUAAUAGCCUGAGCAACCUCAAUCUGAAUACCAAUCUGCAGUACAUCCAGCCAGAUACAGAGGAGGUUCCAAUUAAUAGCAAACCAGCUGAGAAUGCUGCACCUUCAAGCUCUGGUAAUGGUGCCGCUGGCGGAGCUUCGUCUUUCUUCACAUCAUUCACCACUCCCAAGGUCGAUCUCUCUUCGGCUUUCAAGCCCUUUGCUCAGAAUGCUUCCACAGGGAACAACAAGGUGAAAGAACGUCAAUAUACCGGAGGGGACACCUUGGACGAGCCGGUUUGGCACACACUCCGUAGAGACCUUGCUCAGAUCGGUAAGCGUGUGGCCAUUGUGGUAUGGCCAAUUCAAUUACAGUCCCUUGCUUCCAAACAACAGCUGAGACUCAUCGAUUUUGCGCAAAGCAACGGAGUUCAGAUUCCUGACCUGAUCCUAAACAGUAGGAUGAGACCAGCUGGUAGAAAUAAUAACCUGAAUGGCAGCAAUAACUUCGACGAAGAUGAUUUCGAAAUAAACGAUGAAGACGAAGACGAGGAGGCUAACGUUGCAUUUGAAGACACCACUGCUGCAUUGAUCAAGAAUAAUUUGGACUGGGAUUUGUGGGGUCCAUUGAUCUUCUCACUUGUGUACUCUGUGUCGUUGGGACUUGCUUCUCCCAACCUGCAAACCAACCAGGUGUUCUCGGGUACUUUCAGUUUCAUCUGGCUCUUUUCGCUUGCAAUUGGGUUGAACAUCCAGUUACUUGGAGGUAAUAUUUCAUUCAUGUCGGCCAUCAGUGCGAGCGGGUACUCGUUGUUCCCUAUUGUAGUGGGGAGCUUAUUGUGUUCGUUGAUAAUCAAGUGGAAGUUGAUCAGGCUCGCUAUGAUGGUGGUAUUGUGUGCAUGGAGUAUAUAUUCUGGUGUUUUGAGCUUAAAGUGCUCCGGAGUUUUACCAGGAAGAGUCUUAUUGGCUAUUUACCCAAUAGGUUUGAUGUACGCUGUAUUGGGAUGGUUGUGCGUGAUAACGUAG